CUCGGUCCGUCAGCGCGUCCGCACACACGGCUGCUGCGUGUCCUCAACUCACCGAGCCGGACGGGGGGAAACGCACGGUUCACUUGUGGUCCAUGAUGCCCUCUGCUGGAUGAGAGUCUAGCUCCACCAUGUCGACCUCAGACUCGGAUUACUCCAUCGACUGGCUCGCCAGCGAUGAGGACGACUACGACAGCCCGAAGACAUUAAGUCCGCAGCACGCAGAGGAGCCGCCGGUACCGCCGUCGUCACCGCCAUCAUCAUCAUCAUCAUCAUCGCCACCAUCAUCAUCGCAGGAAUCUCCUACAAGCUGCUUCUGCUCUGGAGCGACCCGGAGGAGGAGGAGGAGGAGGCGGCGGAGGAGCAGCAGCAGCAGCAGCAGCGACUGCCGUGACUGUAAAGAUGGAGGCGCCGACUCUCCAGCCGCCCCGCAGACCCCAGCGGCCGGUCCAGUUCAGGGAUUCACCUCUGUGUGCACGCAGCAGACGCCUUCUGUGGAGUCACGGCAUCCGUCAACCGGGAAGCGAGCGCACGGCGCUGGUUCGGACGGGCUCUGUGAAAAGCUUCAAGCAGACACUGAAAAUGAACUGUUCUCGCACAAGUGCACGGAGCUGCAGUGCUACAUCCAGCCUCUGUCGUCCAUCCUGCGCGGCCUGAGGUCAGGCAGGUACUCUCAACGUCUCAGCAGUUUCCAGGAGAGCGUCGCGAUGGACCGCAUCCAGAGAAUAUUGGGGGUUCUUCAGAAUCCAAACAUGGGCGGACGCUUCCUUAGCAUUAUACUGAAAAUAGAGGAAAUGCUUCAGAGUUGGUUCCCUCAUAUCAAACCAAAUCUGCUCCAGACGGAUGACAGCACUCCGGCUAAGAAGCAAAAGCAGCAUCGUGGCAGUGCCUCGCCUCCUCCAGCCUCGUACUCCUCCACUCACCUCAAAUGGCUUCACACGUCGCCCCUCUGCUCCCUGAAAACUCCUGGACCGCUGCUCGCCCAGGCCCCCCCUCUGCCCGCUCGCCGCAGCCAGGAGGUGACCCAAGACAACGCCGUCUCCUCCAGCACCGACUCCCGCACGGGGCCCCUGCGCCGCCUCAGCGCCAACCCUCGUCUGAGCCAGGGGCCGCUGCCGUUCAAGAUCAGCUCGCCUUGUCUGGAGAGACUCCUGCAGGCGAAGGACAGCAUCAUCGCUCCCAGGACUAUGGGAGACGGAGGCUGGCUGUCGUAGCUGCCUACGCGGGACAGUUAAUGUGCCGUGCUGAGAACGGCGGCUGAUCUGGGGACAGAUCUGCGUGAGACGGGAUCUCAUCAUUCAGGCCCCGCACGGCGUCCACAGAGCCCGAAGAUAC